AUGGGAUAGGAUUAAUCAAAAUAAAAAAAGUUCAUAGAAUUUUAUAAAUAGUUAGUAAAAGGAAUAUCAGAAAAGAUCCCCAAGGAUUGUUAGAUACAAAAGCAUGGUUUGAAAGAAAUAAUCAAAUUGAUCCUCAACCAGAAAAAACAAUUCUAAAAUUUAGAGUACUUAAGCAGCGGUGCUUAUGCCCUCGUCUUGAAGGCUAAAAACAUUAACAGUAAUCGCAUGGUUGCCCUUAAAUUCCUAACAUGUACUAGCAAAGAGGGUUUAAAAGGUAUCGAAUCUUUGAAAAAAGAAUAUGAAUUGCUUCAGAAAUUCAGCUAAUCUGAUUUUUUGGUAAAUGUCUAUGAUUGCUUCUAUCUAAUGGAAGAAGAUGUAGAAGUGGAUAAAGAUGAGAAGUCCUUUUUUGUGAUGGAAAUGGAGCUUUGCGAAUAAAAUCUUAAACAGCUCUUCGAUUUUUUUAGAAACACAUAACUUCCAUCUCAAUAAAUAAAGGAAAUAAUAGCUAUUCAAAUGUUAGAAGGAUUAAAUACCCUACAUAUUAAAAAUAUCAUGCAUAGAGAUAUCAAGCCUAAUAAUUUCCUAGUUUGUCCUUCUCAAACUUAUGGAUUUACAAUCAAAAUCUGUGAUUUGGGAUUUGCAUCUGCAGUAACAAAAUCGAAAAGCCAUUACCUAUCAAAGAAAGGAACUGAUACUUACUUCGCUCCAGAGGUAGAAAAAGGAUAAUCCAGAAUUCAGUCGGAUCUCUUUUCUCUAGGACUAGUAUUACUUGAGCUAGAUAAUCUGAAUGUUCUAAAUCAAAAUUGGAUUGACUUUGAUAUAAAAGGAGAGAUAUAUUAAGGAAAAGGAAUAGCUUCGUAAUAUUAGAUUGAUAGAAAUUCUAAUAUUUAUAAAAUAGCAGAGAUUUGCUUAAAACCAAAUUAUUUGGAAAGGACAACUUCAGGAGACCUACUUUCUGAACUUAUUAAGCUUCAUGGAAAACCAUUGAAAUUCACGCUUUCAUCUAUGAUAUUAGAAGAACAAAUUCCGUAAUAAGCAUAAUACAUAUUCAAUAGAAUUAAUGAGCUUGAAAAAAAUAAACAAACUUAAUUUGAGAAGGAUGCACAAAUCUUGAUUGAUAACACAGAUUCAAGAAUAAUGAGAAAAGAUACUAAUCAAAAAUUUACAAAAGUAGAAAUUCUAUCCAAGUUAUUAAAAAGUAUAUAUGAAGAUAAGAAAUAUGCAAAUAAUUUCCAAAUUCUUAAUUUUGGAAGCUUUGGUAUGAUAUUAUCUACUAAAAAAGUUGAGUUCAACAACAAGGAAAUAGUAUUAAAAAUACAAAAGAUAGUAAAUGAGCAAGAAAUUUAAAAUGAAAUUAGAAUAAUGUAAUAAUUAAAAACACCUUUAAUUGUCUAGCUAUAUGACAAUUAUAUCAUAGAAAAAGCUACAGCACCUGAAAAGUAUGUAGUUUUUGAAUUAGAAAAAUGUUCAUGUUCACUUAAGGAAUAUCUAGAAAGAUAAGGAAGAGAAAGAGAGUUUAGCGAUGAAGAAAAAUUGAAUAUUGCAAUCCAAGUAAUUGACUCUGUCAAUUAUAUUCAUUGUUUUAAUAUUAUUCAUAGAGAUAUUAAACCUGACAAUUUUUUGGUUUGUUUGGAUGGCAAUCAACUUGAAAUCAAACUAUGUGAUUUUGGAUUAUCUGCUUAACUUGAAAAAAAUUGUGAAUAAAUUGAAAUUUUAGAUAUGCUAGGAAAUUAUGCCUACAUGGCACCUGAAAUUUUAGCUAAAAAUGAUAAUUAAAAUAAGAUUUACUCUAAAAAAUCGGAUUCUUAUUCAGUUGGCUUACUACUAUCUUUGCUUGACAAUUACUUGAUUUUGAAAGAAAAAGCAGGAGUUAUUUUUGCGAAUAUGACUUUAAAUUAAUAUGAAGAGCCUUUCAAAAAAUAAAAAAUAAAUAUUAAGCGAGACACUGAAAUAUUUAAAUUUAUUCAACAAUUAGUCGUCUGGGAAAGAGUUAAUAGGGCUUCUCUUUCUAUUAUUGUUGAAUAGAAUUCAAAAAAAUUCAAAUCAAACUAAAAUGAUAUGAAAUAAAUUAUAUCAUAGCAUAGUUUAGGUCCAAUAUAAAAUGUUGAGACUGUAAACAUUGGAUCUAUUGCUCCAUUACUUUCUUAAAAUUAGAUUCAAAUUUAGGAUAUCAAGUAAAUAUAAAUAAAGAGUAAGGAGGAUUUGCAUAAAAUUAGAGAAUUUCAAAAUAUCGAAAUAGAUUUAAGUGAGAAUAAUAUUAGCGAUGAGGGAGCAAAAGAUUUAGGCACAGGAAUAGCCUAGUGCAAUAAUAUCACAACUUUGAAUCUUGAUUUACUUUGGAAUAAUAUUGGUGAUUAGGGUGCAAAAGAUUUAGGCACAGGAAUAGCCUAGUGCAAUAAUAUCACAACUUUGACUCUUAAUUUACUUUGGAAUAAUAUUGGUGAUCAGGGUGCAAAAGAUUUAGGCAUAGGAAUAGCUUAGUGCAAGAAUAUCACUACUUUGACUCUUAAUUUAGGUUUGAAUAAUAUUGGUGAUGAGGGAGCAAAAGAUUUAGGUACAGGAAUAGCCUAGUGCAAGAAUAUCACAACAUUGACGCUUAAUUUAUAUUCGAAUAAAAUUGGUGAAGAGGGUGCAAAAGAUUUAGGUACAGGAAUAACCUAGUACAAGAAUAUCACAACUUUGACUCUAAGAAUAAGUGGGAAUAAUAUUGGCGAUAAGGGUGCAAAAGAUUUAGGCACAGGAAUAGCCUAGUGCAAGAAUAUCACAAAUUUGACACUUCAAUUAGGUUCGAAUAAAAUUGGUGAAAAGGGCGCAAAAGAUUUAGGCACAGGAAUAGCCUAGUGCAAGAAUAUCACAACUUUGACGCUUGGUUUAGGUUCAAAUAAUAUUGAUGCAUAGGGUGCAAAAGAUUUAUGCAGAGGAAUAGCCUAGUGCAAGAAUAUCAAAACUUUGACACUUGAUUUACUUGAGAAUAAAAUUGGUGCAUAGAGUGCAAAAGAUUUAGGCAUAGGAAUAGCCUGGUGCAAGAAUAUCACAACUUUGACUCUUUAAUUAGGGUAAAAAUUAAAUUUAUUGAUUGAUACACUAAUAAUUGAGAAUUGA